AUGGCAGAUUACGGCAAUUCGACCGUACCCAGCGUGCUUAUCAGUAGAGAACGCGAUGACUGUCAUCAUGCGAGCGGAGCCAGCGCAGAAGUUUCAGCUGGUGGUGUAGGGACGUUCUUGCACGCUCCUGAAGAAACAAGUACGACUCCUGUAGUUAUAGUUGAUGAAACCGGUCGAUCAUUCGGCCCUUGCCCAAAAUCCGUCCUCCAGAAAAAGCCGUAUUACGGUAGCAAAGCAGCUGUUGCGGACAUGCAUGAGGGGCAGCCCAUCUCUCUGGGAAGCGUCAAACAAACAGUGGACCUGACACGACUAGGCCUUGAUCGACAGUUUAAUGAAAAGGCAUAUGAGUCACUGAAAGUCUGUAACAACCUUUUCUUCUCGGGAGGCGAAGGUAUGCGCAAUUUUUCCGAUCCUGCUUGCGUUGUCGCCCACCUGGAUGAAGCAUCACUAAGCAUUAGGACCCUCGACAAAGCAAGUCUCCGAAAGCUCCACCCCAGGCUAAAAGCCGCACUUGUUCUCGCAUCAAACCUCACUUUGAGGAGACAAAAAAAAAGAAUGGAUCCGUAA